AUGGAGGUGAGGGGUAUGGGUGCUGGUGGAGGUGGUGGCGGUGGCGGUGGCAGUGAUGGUGGUGAUGCUGGCAGUGGCUGUGGUAGUGGUGACGCUAUGGCGGUGGUGGUGAUGACGAUGGUGGUUUGUGGGGGAGGUAGUGGUGGACGAGGUGGGGGUGAUAGUGGUGGUGGCGGUGGAAGUGAGGUGGUGAAGGAGGUGGGGGUGGGAGUGAGUGAUGGAGGUAGCAAGGCUGAAGAACAAAAGGCUACAAAACAAUGCCUUGAAAAACCUUCGACUUCUUUUAAAUCGCACUGGAACCCUUCUACAAAUCCUACUUUUGGUUUCAAGGCUGAUGAACCAAAAGAUAAGAGUUGUUUUGGUGAAUGUUUGUAUUGUUUAAAGGUGGGUGAUCACAUUUCACACUUUUGCCCUUACAAAUCUAAUGUCCCAAAGAAUGCCAUCGUUGGCAGUGGUUGUACGGUCCUUUGCAAGGUGUGCGGCUGCCGCUUUAGAGGCUCAUGUUGUGCCAGUUGUGGCAUAAGCCAAGGACGUGCAGUCUUCAUGAAUUGUUCAUUAUGUGAGAAGCAAGGUGAACACAUGAAUUAUGAGUGCCCGAGCCGCAAGAUAAAAUGUUAUCCUAGUUUUUGUAAUUUUGACCCUUACAUCGGGCUUACUGGCCCUUAAUUUUGUUUUCAGAGUUUG